CAUCGAUAUGGAUCUUUUUACUUCAGACUGUUGCCUUAAGAGGGGUCUGUAUAGAGACAUUCUGAUACAAAAAACGUGGUAACUGUCGAGUCCCAAUGUCCGAUUUCAGGGAAUUUGCGUAGACAAGAGGUCGAACCUCGCAAGUAUACUUCAAGGGAAACUUUUGGUUGCCUUUGAUGGUUGGCGGUUGACACCUGUCGGCAGGUGAGACACGCGCGUAACCCCCAUGCACGCCCACAACAUGUGUUGCUUAGGUGACGUUACAGUUUAGAGGACACGAAGUGGAAGUGAGUUGAAGCCAGCUUGCUAUGUGACAAGCUUUCUGUCCAGAAUUCAAUGGACUUAAACAGCUGUGUUGAGGUUGGAUGUGGCCAGGCAUCUACAUCUGUACGUUACUGGACAAACCCAUUGUAGGGCAUCCCGUGCCGGGGUUGUCAGGUGGCCGGUGUGAGCAGGUAUGUCGGCGGUACAGGCUGUCGGCGGCAGCGGGCUGCAGCGCCCGUACACACACGGCACGUUCCAGAGGAAGCUGAACCAGUUCGAGCGGCUGAUAGCGGAUAUAACCCAACAGGACAGCGAUGCCAGUCCCGAGGAGAAACGGCAAGCCAUCAGCGAGGGACUUCGCUAUGAACAGUUCUGUGAGUCCAUUCGGUCCUUGUUCGGUCCAGACAUUCGGAACCAAGACCUCAAAGCUAUCUUUCGGAAAAUCUCCACCAAUCCAGAUGCGAAGGUGGACUGGAGCGAACUGUUCGGGUACUUCCAGUCGGAGGUGCCGGAGGCAGAGCCAGCCAUGACCGAGGACGCCAGCGUCUUCACCGUGUCGUUCCGCACGAGGGUCGGGGAUGCCGCAGGGGACAGAAAGCGGAGGGAUAUCGCACAAGCCAUCAUUCACCUGAAGGAAGGUGACUUCUACAUCACAGCUUCACAGAAAGGAACGCUUUCCAUAUACAACAGCAAGUUGAAACUCCAGAGCUGCUGUGAUUUGAAUGAUACAGCUUGGGUCACAGGGUGUGACUAUCUACCACGGCUCCGGAGAGUGGCGGCUUGCACAGAAAGAAGUAUUUUAAUUUGGGACAACAGAGCAAAAAGCAAGAAUCAGAAUAUUUUCACCAUCAAACCCAUGGAACACUCACCACAGUGCAUGGCAGCGAUCCCAGGCACUGACAGUACUCAUGACGACACUUUACUGUUUGGAGAUGAUCAAGGGUUUGUCAACAUGAUGACUAUUGCGUCCAAAGAUCUUCACACCAAACAUUCCAAGGGGGAGAGGAAGAACACAAACCCCAUCAUAGAGCCAUCAAAACUCAGCAAUCCAAUCCUAAGACGUAAACUUCAUGACGACUGGGUGCUGAAGAUCAAGUACUUCCCGGAGCUGCGCUGUUUUGGGUCCUGCUCGCCCUCCAGUCUUCAUUCCUUUGUUCUAGAUGACCUUGACAGAAUAAAAGACAACCAGCCUGUUCGCAGUCUGUCAGUCUCAAAAGGAAUUAACACAUUUGCAUACUGUGCACGUGCCAACGUCAUAGCAACAGGAGGCGUGGAUAAGAUCAUCAGAAUAUGGCAUCCAAACAUCUUUUCAAGACCGACAGGAAAGAUGAUUGGUCAUCUCUUCACCAUUGUGGAGAUGGUUGUGAACGAGAAGGAUCAGCAUCUCAUCAGUCUGUCUACUGCCAGGGUUUUCCGUGUGUGGGACAUCCACACUCUCACCAGUUUGCAGGUAUUUACAGACAACGAGGAGCGUCCAGGCGAAAAGAGAAUCUACUCCAUGGCCUUUGACAGCAAGCACGACAGGCUGCUUACAGGGUCCAGUGUGAUUGACCAGUGGCCGCUGACCCGUGCGGUGCAGGACACGAUGCAGGUCCCUCACACCCAUGACCGCCCCAUCAGUCAGGUGGUCCACAACAAGGAACUCAACCAAGUCGUCUCUAUCUGCACCGAGUCUGUACUCAAGGUGUGGGAGAUGGAUACUGGGAAGCUGGUGUACACCAUCGUAGACGCACACGGACCCAAUGUAGAGGUCACGUCUGUUGCCUUUGACAAAACUGGAUACAGGAUGGCAACUGGAGCUCUUGAUGGCUCCAUCAAAGUGUGGGACUUUGGCAGUGGUCAGGAGAUUAAGGUGCUGCCUGCACUGGCAGGGGAGAAGGAUGAGGAGGCAGGCGUGACGGCACUGGCCUAUGUGCUGUACGAGGAGCAGAGAUGUAUCACUGCCCUGGGCUGGAACAACAGACUCAGACUCAUAGAGGACAGUGGUGAGGUUGGUGAACUGAAUGUACUCCUGGACUUUGUGGACUUGUACUGUCCUCGGGAUAAAUCAUCAAGGAGUUCGUCAAGAAGUGGCAGUGACAGCCCCCUGAGUAGAAGCAGCAUACCCCAGGUCACCAAGAUGUUUGAAAAGGAGAACGUGCUGCAGACACAUGAACUGAAGUGCACCACUAUGCUGCCUCCUGACCAGCCGGCUACAGGCUGCACCAAUGGCAACAUCCUCAUCUGGGACAUUCAACGAACAGUCGUCAAAGACAUCUGGCGGCUGGAUGAGGAUGAGGAUGAGGAGGAAGAGGAGGAGAACCAGGAGAACUCCCCCAGCAGGAGUCGCGCCAAGAGCGCAAACCCACACUCCGUCCACGCCUGCAGAUUCCUCGUGCACAGGACACGCCGGCCUGAUCCAGCUUACAUCAAGAGACUGACCAGACACCACGCUGUUCGGGAGGACAUGCCGACAGAAGAAGACGAGACGGAAGGCAGCAGGCGAGCAUCCAUGAUGUCAGAGCGGUCCCGUUCACAGACAAUGACAAUGGAGUCACGAACCCCCAGUUUCAUUGACUCAAGAAUGAGCCAAGCCAAGACCCCAGAUCAGGACCAGGCAGGCACUGAAUCCAGAACGUCUGGUGUCCCCCAGAGUGGCAUGGAUGGUAACGUGCGUAUCUCGGAGCCGAUGGAUGCCCCGGCCACAGGUGCUGGUACAGAUGAGGGGGAGAGAGAGAGCCAGACUGCGGGCGAUCCCGUCAUGAGUAUGAUAGAGACAACAUACGAGCCUGUCUUGGUUUCAUGUCACCACGACGCUCUCAUUCGCUUCUGGAGCAUGAAGGGAGAAAUGCUGCGAGAGGUGUCUGCUCUGACCCGCCGGCAGGGCUCUCCUGUUACUGCCGUCUGUGCUGAUGAUGACUGUAACCUGCUCAUCACUGCAGAUCACAAGGGUUACAUCACCAUGUGGGACGUUGCAAUAUUCCUUGAGGAUCCCACCUCAGAGAACAAGGACAACAUACGUCAGCUGAUCUGUUGGCGCGGCCACCUCAACCGUAUCGUCAGUCUGUUCUACACAGGACCGGGCUUCAUUGUGUCAGGCUCCACAGAUGGGUCUGUCAGAGUUUGGUACAAGGAAAAGGGGCACUUCAUCGGAUUUUUUGGGCAGCACCGUAUUUGGAAGUACCCUACAGAACCUCCCAGCUCUGCUGUGUUUCCGUACGACAUCACAGAACGCCCCUUAGAGGCUACCAGAAGACUAACAUCCAGGGAGAAAGCACAGCAAAAACAAAAGUUUGAGUACCCGCUCAUCAAGGACAUGUGCAGAUGGGCCCCUUUCAGGCGAUCAGCGUAUGAGCGGCAGCAGAAAGUGGAGCUGAAGCCUCUUGACAUCCAGUCCAAGUUCUUUGCCACACUCAUAAAGCCGAGGGCUUACACAGACCAUCUGGACCGAUCAAAGACAGGAGAUGCUAAGGAGGGGGCUGUUUACCGAGCCUUGCCCGUCUACAGGGUGGAGGAACCAGACCGCAUGAGGACACCCAAUGCCCUCAAGAACCCAUUUAUGCCAGAUGAGGAUGACAACACUUUUCUGUUUGGAAAUCUGCCCAAGAAAGGUGGACAAAAUGUUGGUGGCAAGAAGGGAAAACAAAAGAAGGCAGCACGGAAUCCUGGGAGCUCAGGAAAUACAGGCCCGUCACCUCUGCCACCCAAAAGAUAGUGACAGCAUGAUCACUGAUGUGACAUUGUAUAUUUCUAUUAUCAGAACACUGGUGCUCUUUUUAAACUAUGUACAGAAUACUGUUUCUAGAUAUAUGAUCAACCGUUGUGUUUUUAUAGUAUAUUUUUAUAGUACAUUUUGCAGUUGUACAGAAAGAGAUAUAACGUUAUCUUUGCUAAUAAUUGCAUUUGCUGCUAGGCUAAAUGAGGCGAGAGUUAUUUUACCGAUGAAAGUGUAGUUACUGCUUGUGUGCUGAAAAUCUGUUCCAUGCUUAAGAACUUGAAAAAAAGGUGGAUAAAAUCCAGCGGUAUUGUUUUUGUAUAUUACUAAAAAAUCCCUUCCCCAUUGUUUUCCUUGAAAUAAAGAGCUCAGUACCCAACCCCUCAAGUAUCUGGUGCAGUUGAUGUGUAUUGAAAACCAGACGAUGUACUUGUGAAUGUAAGUAUCAUAAAUAAUUCUCCGAGUGGACACUUGUUAAUCGUUUUUAGAACUUCGGACAAGUGACGUGCGGAACAGGACCCAUACACGCCAUUGUCUACUGUCAACAACUUGUAGCAUGCAGAUAAAACCUACAGUAGUAUACGUAGAUAUAUAGGAACGCUCUAGAUACUAGUAGUAGUCACUGACUUCCUAGUCGGACAGUCGUGUGUCAGCAUCCCCGAGG